AUGUCCAACCGCGAGGUCAAGGAGCGACUCCUCAAACCAGCGAAGAAAGCCGGCGACAAGAACCUGAUGAGCAAGCCGACGCAGAACCCCAGCAUCAAAACAGGACAAUACCGGUCCGCACCGACGACGAACGGUAACGGCAAUGGCAACGGGAACGGCGGCACAAUCACAAAAGAAGUAAAAGGCGCAAGCCGGAGAUACUAUGCCGCCGCAGAUGAUGGACAGGAAUGGCCGCCAGAGCUGGGCGCAUACAACACCAAGUUUGCAGACACAUUGGAGAAGAUCAAGAGGCGGCACGACAGCGUCGUUACGACGGUCGCACAGGGCAUUCUUGAGUGGAAGCGCAAGAGGCAAAGGAUGCAGAUCGACCACAACAUCCAAGCCUUCCUCGACCGUUUCUACAUGUCGCGUAUCGGUAUCCGUAUGCUCAUCGGCCAGCACAUCGCCCUCACAGACCAACGCUCGCGAAACGAUCCCAACUACGUCGGUAUAAUCUGCACAAAGACCAAUGUCCAAGAACUGGCACAGGAGGCUAUUGAGAAUGCGCGAUUCGUCUGCGAGGACCACUAUGGACUCUUCGAUGCGCCAAAGGUCCAGCUUGUAUGCAACCCGGACAUCAGCUUCAUGUACGUGCCAGGACAUUUGUCGCAUAUGCUCUUCGAGACUCUCAAGAACUCGCUGCGUGCUGUGGUGGAAAGACAUGGCCAGGACAAACAAGAGUUCCCCGUAACCAAGGUCAUCGUUGCAGAGGGCAAGGAGGACAUCACGAUUAAGAUUUCGGACGAAGGAGGCGGUAUCCCGCGAUCAUCGAUCCCGCUGGUAUGGACAUACAUGUACACGACCGUCGACCAAACACCGAGCCUGGACCCCGACUUCAACAAGAGCGAUUUCAAAGCACCCAUGGCUGGAUUCGGUUACGGGUUACCCAUAUCAAGGCUAUACGCACGCUACUUUGGAGGAGAUUUGAAGUUGAUUUCCAUGGAAGGGUAA